CUAAAAACUGACACCACCAAAGCGUGCUAAUGUUUCUGGGCUGCCGUACAUACUGUAAUUGUUUAGCUAAUAUUACGGAAAUAAAUAAUCUGGCCGAAUAUAACUGGUUCUGAAAAAUGAUUAUCUCGUUACAACAGCCAGGCCUUGUUUGUGCUUUCUUUUUUCACUCGCUUUCAACGUAUGACAUAUUUUCUAGUGUUCCAGCAUUUAACAAUCAGACUUUUGCACAAAAUAAAUUAUAAAUUUGACUCCUUGCAUUGCAGUUCUUUUCAGCAAUGCCGACGUUUCCAAUAGAAGGUGUGAGUCUUUUGAGGGUCUAAUCGAUAACUUCAGUUUGGGUUCUACACGCAAUUUAACCAAUUUAUGGUGACAACAUGGCAAAUGAUCUCAAUAGUAUUUUUUCCAAGUUGCGAAACUUCGAUGCUUACCCCAAGACUCUGGAAGAUUUUCGCAUCAAGACAUUUGCAGGAGCAACUGUAACCAUCAUUUCUUCUGCUAUUAUGAUAUUCCUGUUCUUAUCUGAAUUGAGAUAUUAUCUCACAACAGAUGUUAUGGAUGAAUUGUUUGUAGAUAUGUCACGUGGUGAUAAAAUAAAGAUAAAUGUGGAUGUGACCUUCCAUUAUCUUCCAUGUGCUUACGUAGCUUUAGAUGCCAUGGAUGUGUCUGGCCAACGACAAAUUAACGUUCACACAACCUUAUAUAAGCAAAGAUUGGCAAAAGAUGGUACUGUAGUUACUGAGUCAGAAAUUGUAGUUUUGGAAGACAUCAGACCUAAAUCCAAUAAAACAGUACCAGGUGUAAAUGAGUGUGGUAGUUGUUAUGGAGCUGAAACCGUAGAUCUAAAAUGCUGCAAUACAUGUGACGAUGUUCGUGCAGCAUACAAUAAAAAAGGAUGGGCAUUUCCAAAAGGUAACAUAGUCAAACAAUGUGAAAAUGAACAAUUGAAAGAAACGUUGGAGUUACAAUCUGGUGAAGGAUGUCGUUUGCAUGGAUACCUUGAAGUAAAUAGAGUUGCUGGGAAUUUUCAUGUUUCCCCUGGAAAAAGCUAUGAAAUGGGUCAUAUGCAUGUACAUGAUAUGGCAGCGUUUGGAUCCGGUGCUAAAUACAAUCUCACUCACACAAUCAACCAUUUGUCAUUUGGGGAUAAUUACCCAGGUCAAAUAUUUCCACUUGAUAAUCACUAUGUCUAUGCAGAAGCAGUGGAAAUGGUGUUUCAAUAUUAUCUUAAAAUUGUCCCAACCACCUACAUCAAGCUUUCUGGUGAUAAGUUGAAAACCAACCAGUUUUCUGUAACGAAACAUCAAAAACAACUGUCUUCCAGUGGAGCAGAAACCAGCCUACCUGGUCUUUUCGUUUCAUAUGAGUUAUCUCCAAUGAUGGUUCGCUACACUGAGAAGAGACGUUCAUUCUUCCAUUUUCUUACAUCAGUUUGUGCUAUUAUUGGUGGAGUGUUCACAGUUGCUGGAUUGAUUGACUCUUUCAUAUAUCAUGGGGGUCGUGCAUUGCAAAGAAAAAUUGAACUAGGCAAAACGACAUGACAAAAAUUUCCUGCUUAUUAUUAGGUAAAAACUAGAGAAUAUCACAAAUAGAAAAUUAUUUAAAUCAUUCAUCAUAAUGUGUAUGUGCUAUUACGAUACGGUUAAUAUAAAUAUCUGCUGUUGGGCACAGUUUAAAUUUGUUUGAUGAAAUUAUUUUCUUAGUUGUGAAGGUUGAAAUUUUGGUGCUGUGUUGACAAUCUGCUGUAUUAAAGAUACUAUGCAAUAAAAAUAGUAAAUUUUUAGUGCUUUUAUAACAAAUUGAAUGGUGUAUUGUUGUAAUAUUGUUAUAAAUAAGUGGUUGAGUUUGGGCAACAGCUGUUUUCUUAUUUAACUCUAUAUGAGCAACUAUUAUUAGUGCACUGUUUUGGGCUUCGUUUACUUUUGUUGCAAGUUGUGACCAGCUAAGCAAAAUGUUCAUUGUGGUUAACAAAAAGCUGAAACCCUGUCCUUCUACAAUAGUCUUGUUAUAUGGAUUGCAUUACAAAAAUCUUUUUAACAGCAUGUAACGUGAUAUUUUAUGUGACUAAUAUUGGUUUUCCUGGUCAAUGUUGGAUGUGCUUCGUCCCUAAUAAAAAUUUGUAGUCCAGCCCUGGAGCAUCAUAAACAAUGGUUAGCAGGAACAUUUUGUCAUCCUCUUUUUUCUUUCUUGUUGGCACAAAGCUCUUUGUUGCAGAUUAUUUUGUUUAAAGCUAUAUUACUCCAGAAAGUUCGAUUUAUAAUCAUCAAUAUCAAGUAGAAUAUAAUUUGUAAUCUAUUAUUCUGUAUUUAAUGCAAUUCUCUGUCUUGAAUGUUCAAGUUACCGUAUCGUUUUUCAUUUGGUAUGUUUUAUUGGAAAUUUUGAUUAUCACAUUUUUGCAUCCAAUUUCAAUAGUAAUUUAUUAGUGCAUUUCAUGUGGGAUUGUAAACCGCCACUUGUAUAUUUGAUGAUGGUAAUAAACAGAGUUCUAAAGAUAUAA